UUACCAUGGCAAAGCCGCUAUUUUGCCCUUUUCAAGAUGGCGGCUGGGAUAACUUCAUUUGAUUCGAGCUCGUUUACAUCUUGUGAUGGAGAUUUUCCUGGAUUUCAGGUCGCUUCUUCUUCCAGUCCUGCGGCACGGAGCGCUUUAGUGUCGGCGGAAGUUCAGUUCAGUCGCUGCUUCAGCAAAAUAAAAGCGCUGCGAUCCUCUGACAGCCCGGGCUUCAGGACCGAGCUGAACCUGCUGUUCGACCAGCUGAUCUCCGAGCACUACAGCAGCUUCUCCCAUGAAAACAUACGACCACAAGAUGUGUGUGCGCUGCUUGUGCACGCGAGCCGAUUGGUGCCUCACAGCCAAGAACACCUUGUUGUCAAACUGUGCCAGCUGAUUCACCAGCUUCUGAACCAGCUACAGGUUAUUGUGGACGAGCAGGCAUUGGAUGCGCUCGUGUCAUACUGUAUACGCGCUCUGCACACGUGCAGCACAUGGACACACACAGAGGUCCUGCUCGCGCUCUCCUCAGUGCUGUACGCUAAUGGAGCCCGGUGCCCACGGCAUCUUCCAGAUCUUCUUGGGCAGAAUGGUAUUCUCCUGAAGUAUGGUGACCCCAGUCAGAGUGAUGUAGAGCUCCGACGUGCUGCUGUACACUGCAUGGCCAACAUUUGCAUCAGUGUUCCUGGUAAUCCCUUUUUGGAAGAACCGUACAAAGGAGUGUGUUACAGAAUUUUUCUGCAGACUCUUCAUUCACGAAAGCCGCACAGCGUGGAAGAUCUGGUCUUCUGUACGUUGUUGCAAAGUGCUCUAAAGGGGAUGCAGUAUUUCCUGAACGGGGGAAAAUGGAAGGCUAGUCUUGAUCAGGACCUGGGCUCCCUGUUGGCUGUACUCAAGAAAUUCAUGUUUCAUGGACUGCCAGGGAUAAACGUGGAGAUGCCUCCGGUUCUGUACCCAGCGCCUCUCCCUCAGUAUGACGCUGUUCCUGUAACCAAAGCCGAAGCUGCACAGGACGUGCCAGCUCAGAGAAAAACACCAGCGACCCAACAGAAUAAAAAGCGAAAGUCUCGUGGGAAAGGAAAGAAAGCCAGAGCAGAGGGAAAGACGGACGACGGAGCAGAGGAGGGUGAGGACGAGGAGCCGAGUUCGAGGCCUGUCAGGAACGGAGCGAGUGGGGGACCAGGACGAGGGGAGCUCCAGAUUGUCUGGCCUCAAACUUCUACCGAACUCAAUCUACCUCUCCAGCCAGGAGCAAGCCCUCAACUCUACCCCUCCUGGAAGAAAGGGAGCUCUGACUCGGAGUUCUCCGAUCCUGAAGGAGGAAUGGCAUCCAAACUCAGGCUGUACCUGGCUCGAGUGCGACAGAGCGCUCUGCACUGUUUCCUGGCCGUGGUGAAAUGUGUGGAAAAGAGGGUUUUGUACGGCUACUGGUCCUCCUUCAUCCCUGAUGCUCCAGGCAUCGGAAGUCCUCCUUCGCUUACCCUUGUCACCAUUGCUCUUAAAGACCCGUCCCCUAAGGUGAGAGCGGCGUCGCUGCAGGUGCUCUCCGCUCUUCUAGAAGGUUCUCGUCAGUUUCUCUCGGCAGCUGAGGACACCGGCGCACCCCGGCAAGCCUUCACUCCAUUCUCAGCCACGCUGGCUGCCAGCUUGAGGGAGCUGCACCGCUGCCUUCUGCUCGCGCUACUAGCCGAGUCUUCCUCUCAGACCCUCACGCAGGUCAUAAAGUGCCUUGCCCACUUGGUGUCCAACGUGCCCUACAGACGCUUGAGGCCGGGUUUGCUCAGCCCUCUGUGGAAACAGAUUCGCCCAUACAUCCGGCACAGAGAUGUGAACGUGCGGGUGUCCAGCCUCACUCUGCUGGGCGCGAUGCUCUCCUCUCAGGCCCCACUGCCUGAAGUGCAGCUCCUCCUGAAACAGCCGUGCUCUGGAAGCAGAGAGAGAGAUGCUAACACUUCUGCGGACGUGAAGGGGGCAGAGGAGGCUCCGUGCUGGCUGCUGCAGGUGUGUGUGGCUCUGGUUACUCAGCCGAGAGAGGAUUCCUGCUCUGACAGUGACACAGCAGCAGGAACCUCUGGCUCACUGGAGCCUUCACCUGUCCGGCUCGAGGCACUUCAGGUCCUGGCACAUCUGGUGAAGGGCUACUUCUGUCUGGCUCAGGCGUCUCUGCUGGAGUUGGGUCAGCUCAGUGCUCGCUGUCUCCGAGAACAGGACCCAUCCGUGCAGUUGCAUGGAGCGAAGCUGUUGGAGGAACUGGGCACUGGCAUCAUCCAGCAGUACAGAGCUGAUCCCACCACCUCUGAGAGUGUCAGUCCUGUGCCGGUGAGCCAGGUGGUACAGUUCUGGUCUGAGGUUCUGACCGGUCCGUUGAUUGGAGCCUUACAGAAUGAGCAACACCCGACGUUACAGACCAGCGCAUGUGACACGCUGUCCUCCAUCUUACCACAGGCCUUCAGCCAGCUUCCGGACAAGACUCAAGUUCUGUGUAUCACAGUAUUGCUUGGGCUGACGUAUAGCGAGAACUCCUUGGUGAAGGCGGCAGCAGUGAGGGCUCUUGGUGUCUACAUUCUCUUCCCCUGUCUCAGAGAGGAUGUGAUGUUUGUAGCAGACACAGCUAAUGCCAUCCUCACCGUUCUGGACGAUCGCUCACCCAAUGUCCGUGCCAAGGCUGCCUGGUCGCUAGGCAACCUCACUGACACACUCAUCGUCAACAUGGAGUCUGUUGGACUGGAUUUUCAAGAGGAGCUCUCUGACAUGCUGCUUCUAAAGAUGCUCAGAUCUGCCACCCAAGCAUCUGGUGACAAGGACAGGGUAAAGAGCAAUGCAGUGCGAUCUCUGGGGAACUUGCUGCACUUCCUGCAGCCGGUGCACCUGACUAAGCCAGCAUUUGUGCAGCCUCUUGAUCAGGCCAUGAGGGCUCUUAUAGACACAGCCAAAGGAGAUGCUACCAUGAAAGUGCGCUGGAAUGCCUGCUACGCUCUGGGCAACGCUUUCCAAAACCCUGCCUUGCCUCUGGGCACUGCCAGCUGGUCUACAGAGGCCUACUCUGCUCUCUCAUCCAUCGUCACCACCUGCAAGAACUUCAAAGUCCGCAUCAAAUCCGCCGCUGCUCUGUCUGUCCCUGCUAAACGGGAUUGCUAUGGAGACGAGCAUCAGUUCGCUGAAGUGUGGCGAGCCUUGGCCCAAGCUCUCGAACAUAGUGAAGAAACCCAGGAUUUUCUCGAAUACCGCUACUGCGCCAGCUUGCGUUCUGAGCUCUGCCAUGCCCUCCUUCACCUCCUGUCCCUGUGCCAAACCAGAGAUCUGCCUGUAAUCGGAGCAUCUCUGAGCGGCCAGUCGAGACCAGCGCUGCACGGCUUCUUGGUUCAUUACCUUACUGAUGUUUCUUUAGUUUCUGGCCGCGAUACCAUUGGUGGAGAAGAUCCAGGUUGCCAGACUGAGCCUACAGACAGACUGAAGCUGCUGGAUCAGACCCUGAUCAGACUGAAGGAGCUGGAAGGGAAUAUUAAAACUGGAAGCAGGUCUGAUCUUGACAUGGUGAUUGGAUUCGUAGAGGAUGUUAUGAAGACCUGCGAAGGGUUGAAAGUGUCAGAUGGAAUGGACACGCCACAGACACGCAAUAACUCUCAGUAGAAGCUUUUACGAGAUGCUGUGAUGCAGACAUUACAAUAAUAGGAAUUAAAACAAAUUGCUGCUUUGGUGAAUCUGCCAUUCAUAAAUACAUAAUCAAAAUGAAACUCAGUUUAAAUAAGAUGUUUAGAAAAUAUAUCAUGUUCUAUCAUAUUUACAGCUUUACACUCAUCUGAAUGAGUGGCUUUGAUCACGCUUGAUUUAAUAAAAAACGUUACAUUUGAUAUGUAACAUACAUUGACCGUUCACUUUAUUAGGAACACCUGUACGUCCAUUCAUUCAUGCAAUAAUCCUAUCAGCCAAUCACGUGGCAGUUGACUGGAAAAAGACUAGAUGAUGUUUUUCCCCAUCUUCAACUGUCCAUUUUCAGUUUCUGUAGCUUCAGAUUCCUGUUCUUGGCUGACAGGAGAGGAACCUGAUAUGGUCUUCUGCUGUUGUAGCCCAUCUACCUCAGGGUUCGAAGUUGUCGUGCAUUCUGAGAUGCUUUUCUGCUCACCACGGUUGUAAAGAGUAGUUAUUUGAGUUACUGUAGCCUUCCUUUCAGCUCAAAUCAGUCUGGCCAAUCUCAUGAACCUCAGAACCUGUACUUUUCUUUGUAAACUUGAGAGAAUUUUUUUGUGUGAAAAUCCCAGGAGAUCAGCAGUUUCUGAAAUACUUAAACCAGCCUGUCUGGCACCAACAACCAUGCCACGGUCAGUGUCACUGAGAUGACAUUCCCCCCCCCCCCCCAUCCUGAUGUGUGAUGUGAACAUUAACUGAAUGUCUUGACCUGUAUCUGCAUGAUUUCAUGCAUUGCAUAACUGCAUGAGUGAGCAGAUAUACAGGUGUUUCUUAUUCAUGCACAUGCCAAGUCUAUAUAUCACAGAUGAUUUCAUGCACAGCAACCCAAACUCUGAUGUUUUUAUUUCACUUUUUAAUCAGUGUUUUCAUGUUGUUUCAUCUUUCCACAGUAGACUUCAGAUGGACAUGUGAGGUUAUACUGUAAACAGUUUACCUAAAUACACCCAAGCAUUUUGACUUGUCCUAGCAUUCAAGUGGGAAUGCUUGACUGACAUGUAUUAAAGCCAUAGCAAGGAACAAUAAAGGUUUUUAAGUUAA